GGCCUCCUUGCGCCUGUCCUCGAUCCUGUCGGCAAAGGUCUCGGUACAGUCCUACGUCCCGUUGGAUAUGGAGUUGAGACUCUGACGAAGCCCAUCGCGAGUGGUGUGGGCGGCAUUACGCGACCCGCAUUGGGUCCACUGAUGGGUGAGCAGGAAGAGAAGAGCGAGGUGCUGGGGGGCGACAACAAAGACAGUUAC